UGGAGAGAAUGGAUUGCCAAGGGAGAGUCAGUCCUGGAACUGCAGCCCCAGCAGAAGAGAGAAGCUGCUCCUGGCUGAACCCCUGGGUUUUCCUUAUUUCUGUCCUUGUCAUCAAAACUGCCUUUGUGACCGUCUGUCUUGUUGUAUUACUUCAUGGAGGCUAUGGCCAAUACAAGACUCUACUCCAGAACUCUACAGAGUGGCACUGCAUUCCCAAGAUUUCUGCAGACAAAAUGGAUGGCUGGAUGUGCUGCCCGAAAGGCUGGAGAAGGUUUCAAAACAGCUGCUAUUUUCUGUCCCUUGAUACGAUGUCCUGGGCUGGGAGUGAGCAGAACUGCACUGGGAUGGGCUCCCACCUGGUGGUGAUCAACAGCAGGGAAGAGCAGGAGUUCCUCUUCAAUUUGGCAAAAGAAAAAGUUACUAACAGCUAUGAAACAAAAUACUACAUAGGCUUAAGUUCUUACCAAAAUGGGCAAUGGCAGUGGGUGGAUCAGACUCCAUAUGAGAAGAUAGCCACGUUCUGGAAACCUGGAGAACCCAAUUUACUCUUCGCAGAAAGAUGUGCUGCAAUUCAUGUCAAGGGAAACAGAGACUCCAACACUUACAGUAACUGGAAUAACAUUCUUUGCUUCACAAGUUGCUAUCGUAUUUGUGAACUGGCAGUCAAAUUUGUCUGA